UUUAUCUAUAUUUGGUUAUUGAGAAUCAUAAUCAUAUUUUUAUAAUAUAUGAACUUACUAGCUUGCUAAUAUUUUUCAUAAUCACAUAAUUUGUUUAUUGAAGUUACGGGGAGUUUGAAGUUAAAUAAAGGUGUAAAAUGUAGGCUCAUACAAUGGCAACUCUGUCAAUGAUGACGGAAUGUGCGAUGUGAAAUGAAAUUUUUAAGAUGUUAUAGUGUCUUUUGUACUAUAUCAAAAGAAAUAAAAAUUGGUGCUUAACAUCUUUUCUAUUGCAGUCAAAAUGCUUACAACUGUGUGACCUUAAACUCUGUGCGUAUUCCGUCGACACCGAACUUGGUUUCUCGAACGUGUUUGGUGGGACCAUUGACAUUGUUUCGUUAGAAAUUGCAGAGCCCAUCGCGAUUGUGUAUGUUUAUGCUGGUAUUCAGUGAUUUUGUUACGCCCAGUGGAUGGAGUAAACGAUUCUGAUGUUUUCGAAGUCAUGCAGAGGCAGGAGCGGACACAUGCCAACAUGGAGGCCACGGACUCUACGGACACAAAACAGUCGAAGCAGCGGGCGUCGAUCAAAUGGCUGUUGUCCAAGGCCUUCAACAACAGGGUCCCGGAGAAUCUACAGGAGCCGUUCUAUAGGGAUCAUGAGGAUCAGGAACACCUGAAGCCGCCUAUAGUGGGGGGGCUGGCGAACGCGGAGCUGUACUGCCUGGCGCUCGCCAACAUGUACUCGGACCCCAACUACCACAGCCUCAACCAUUGGAACAUCCUGCAGACGCUGGCGAGGAAGGGCGUGCACGUUCCCGACCCGCCCGACUGCGCGCUCACAGAGACAGUGCUUAUUCAGACCAAUCCGCUUAAAAUGGGUGCGCACAUGUCCGUGAUGGAGGCGCUGAUGAUCCUUUACGCGCGCGAGGUGGUGACGUUAGACCGCGUGUCGGCCGCCGCGCAGAGGUUUGGCACGGGCGCGCCGGUGGUGGGCGGCUCCAGCGUGCCGCACGAAGACGGGCUGCUCGGAUGGAUCAACGCCGCCUGCACCGCGCUGAAUAAGGCUGAGGAAGACACGUCACUCCACGUGCCAAUGGUGAAGAGCCUCCAGGAGCUGUGCGACGGCACGGCACUGGCGGCGCUGAUCUCGUUCUACUGCCCAGACGCGCUGCCGCGGAGCUCGGUGCGCGUCGGCCGCAUGGCCUCCAUACAAGACUGCCUCCACAACCUCAUGCUGGUGCACGACUUCUGCCAGAACUGCCUGCCGCACAACGUGUUCCAUAUGAUGCCUGAAGAUGUUACUUAUAUGCGAGGGUCAAUGCGACAGAAUUUAAUAGCAAUGUUGGCGGAUUUAUUCAAUAUGCUCGAAGUACACCCGGUCAAAUCCGUGAAACACCCAGGAAGUGUCCCGCGGUCGCCGUCGGCGUGCGCGAUGCGGCCGCGCGUGGCGGGCGGGCGCUCCGCGUGCUCCACGCCCGAGCGCCGCAGCUGCUCCCCGCAGCGAGAGGAGUUCGUGGUGCAUCGCGGCCGGGGCGUGCCCACGCUGUCCUCUGUCGCCAGGCGGGACGAUGACAACGUAUCAGUGGACAGCAACAUGACGGCAGCGGGCCGGCCGUCCAACUGGGCGGAGUCCCGCGAGCAGGUGUUCGCGGGGCGGCGCUCGCGGCGCUCGUCCGUGUCCGACGACAGCCAGCUCACGGUGGAGAACUUCGGCGGCUCGCAGGACCGCCUGCACUUCGCCGGCCGCAACCCCGAGAAGGAGCUCGCCACAGUUGCCAAUGUUAGGAAGAUCUCCGCGCCCGCUGGUCCACUAGACAGCUACAACCCGCCACUGCGGACGUCGCGGCAAGACAUCCGCGGCUCCAUACAGUUCUUCCACGGAGACUUCCAGAACGGCCAGGACGAGCGACCGAGCCAAAGAAUAGAGCGACAGCACUCGCAGCCGCAGACAGACACAGAGCAGCCGUACUUCCCCAUCCGGCGGCAGCUCAGCAGCGACACCAUCACACUCAACCAAAACUACGGCUUUAAUUAUAAGGGAGGGGGUGACGGCUUCUUCCUAAACGAUAGGGACACCACAGACGGCGACCCCACUAAGACAAGUUUCGCCGAUCUCAAUAGGAUUAGGAGUAAUGGGGACCAGCAAGGUAUUCAAUCGAUGUUCAAUCAGUCAGAAAGCGACCGGCCUGACAGACGGAAAACAUCGUUCAGCACCCCUCCAGCGAACACUACCACGUGGCAACAGCAAUUCAUGCAGCAUGAAAAUCAACCGAACGGUGACGACAUGUCAGACGACGCGGGGAAUUCGCCCGGCGGCGGGCAGGCAAUGGCGGCGCAGCUCAACAAUAUUCGCCUGAAGUUGGAGGAAAAGAGACGGCGCAUCGAACAGGAGAAGCGGCGCAUGGAGCUCGCCGUCAACAGACAGAGACAGCAGCUCGGACAACAGGCCUUCCUACAAGCUGUCACGAGGGGCAAGGGCGCGCGCACGCCGGCCGAUGACGACUUGAAGACUGACUCGCCGCAUCAGGACAUGGCGGAGGCGCAGGCGCAAAAUGUGGACGUAGUGGCGCUGGAGCAGUAUCAACAAUCCAUCGCCAAAAUGAACUCCAGCCUGCAGGACAUACAGACUGACAUCGCGCGGCUGGCUAGUCAACAGAACCAGCUGCAGCAACAGCAACAGAACCAGUUGCAACAACAACAAAAUCAGCUGCAGCAACAACAGCAGCAGAACCAGCUACAGCAACAACAACAACAACAAAAUCAGCUGCAACAACAAGCGAAGCAGCUGUUCCAGAACCAAUUCCAGCCGCAACAGCCACAACAGCCUUACCAGCACCAACAGCAACAACCCUAUCAACCCAACAUUCCUCAGUUGCACAGCCAAUUCAGCUCGCAACACAAUGUGUCCCGGCCCGCGCUCGCGUCCGGCUUCGGGUCCACGCCGCACAUUCCGCAACAGCACUUCUAUCAACAACAGCAACAGAACUUCCAGCAACAGAAUUACCAACAACAACAGAGCUACCAGCCGCAACAACCGCAACAAAUGUAUGAACAACAGUAUCAAGCGCAGUAUCGCGAUAUGGACGAGUACAACAGACAACAGUUUUACCUCCACGACAGCCCACCGCCGCCACAGCGCCGCACCUGGGCGCAGCACGCUCAACAACAGCAACAGCACCAACAACAACAACAGACUCAAGAGAACACUGAGUUGCGAGGAUGGCAGCUGCACCAACAGAACCACCAGCAGUACCAGCCGCAGGAGCCGCCGCGGCCCGAGGCGGCGGCGCGCACGUGGAAGUCUCCCUCGCCGCAGCCGCCCGCCGACCGCUGGGCGCCGCAGGGGUUCGUGCUGCACGACCGCGACCGAGACCGACCCGAACAACCCUUCCAGGUGCACUACAACAACGACCGGUACCAGAACGGCACCGACAACAACCACAUGAGCUACACUGUGAUAAACAACCAAUACUCGCAAUCCCCGCCGCUCGCAGUCAGCCCACGCCGCUCCAAGACCCCGCAACGACAAGGUUCCCUUCCAGAAGCAUCUAGAAGAGCGGAACCGGUGAGCCUGCAGCAGCUGCACGCGCCGCCGCCGCCCGCGGACAUGGAACCGCAGAACAUCUCCUUCAUCGGCAACGCCGAGGACGAUGCGCUGCGCCAGGGCAUCAACCGUCUCAACAUCUCAUCCGGCACGCGCACCUACCGGAUCCCUUCGCCCACCAGACCCUCGCUCAGCAGAAACUCCUUCCAGCAAAUCGAGCAGGAGGAGGCUAACGACGCUAACGAGAAAGGGUUCUAUAUAUCAUUCGACAACGAGCAGCCCAAACGACCGAAGCCGCCGCUACGGACGAAGCGAGGGUCGCCGAAAAAGGACCGUACGCCCGUGGACUACCAGAGCCCGGCGCGCAGCCCGGAGAACACGUGGAGCGAGCGCCUGCCGCAGCCGGCCGACGAGCCCUUCGUGGUGCACCGCGCGGCGGCGGCGUUGGACCACGCUAGAUCUAAUGACGUUUCUUCGGAACGCAGAGAAACGCCACCUAGAGAGCGAACGCUGCGACCCGGAGCCGAACCCGCCGCCAUCAUCAUCGGCGACGUUAAUAUCGACCCGAAUAGUGCGGAGGAAAUGGAGCGCAAGAAGGAGCGUAUAAUGCUGCUGUCGCUGCAGCGGCGGCAGCGCGCGGACGAGGCGCGCGCGCGGGCCGAGCACAAGCUGGCGCGCAAGGAGGAGCAGGCGCGCCGCCGGGAGCAAAUACUCUACCAGUACAAGCUCAAGAAGGCCAUGGAGGAGGCCGAGAGAGAGCCACUGGACAAAAGAAAAAGUUUGCAUAGCUGGCAAAUCGAAAAGAAUAAAAGAAAAUCUUACAGUGGGGGCAAAGUCCUGGACAAGUCUGAGUUCAUGGAGUCGAUGAAGGGCGGCGGCGGCGCGGCGCCGGCCGUGGCGGGCGCGGGCGCGCGCCUGCGCGGCAAGGCGGCGGCGGCGCGCGCGCGGCCCAAGACCAUCCACGUGGACAGCGGCGCGCUGCACGCCGCCGAGGGCAUGCUGGCCACCAAGCAGCCCAGCUCCACCAAUCUCACUGGCGGCAUGCGGCGCGACUACUACCGCGGCUCGCAGGACAGCCUCGCCGAGCGCGCCGGGCUCUACCGCGAAUCGCCAGUAGAGGAUCGCGGCGGCAUGUCCCCGGGUAGUGCGUCGAGCGGCCCGCUGGGGCGGCGCGGCUCGUGCAAGACGUCGCGAGAGCGUGUGAGUGAGGAACCACAGUCGACUCGUGGAAGGUCUAAAUAUUCCACUUACCAGAGUAACUUUAAGACGGGGAGGAAGUCUAGCUCUCUUAUGAACUUGUGCGACUCGGGGCUGGGUCGCGCCACGCCGCCGCGCCGCGCGGCGUCGCCGGGGCUGCGCGCGCUGGGCUCGCCGGCCGGCUCGGGGCCCGGCUCGCUGCCCGGCGCCAUCGGCAAGCGGCGGGUGCACGCGCCCGACGACGCCUCCGACGUCUCCUCCACACAUUCCUCCAUCAUGGACUACUCCGGUCCUCGAUUAUACAAGCAACCCACGACGAAGUCAAAUAGGGGCAUUAUGUUGAACGCCGUGGAGUACUGCGUAUUCCCUGGCGCCGUGAACGCGGAGGCCAAGCGGCGGGUGCUGGAAGAGAUCGCGCGCUCCGAAGCGAAGCACUUCCUCGUGCUGUUCCGAGACGCGGGCUGCCAGUUCCGCGCGCUCUACUCCUACUGUCCCGACACCGAGCAAGUGACCAAGCUGUAUGGCACCGGCCCGAAACACGUUAACGAUAGGAUGUUCGAUAAGUUCUUUAAAUACAAUUCGGGCAGCAAAUGCUUCUCGCAGGUGCACACGAAGCACCUGACGGUGACGAUCGACGCGUUCACGAUACACAACUCGCUGUGGCAAGGCAAGAAGACGCAGCUGCCCAGCAAGAAGGACAUGGCUCUAGUGAUAUAACGGGCCAGGCUCUCACACACGAUAUCUAGUCGCCGGCGGCACUCGAGUCAAGCCUUUUACUCUUCAGUUAAACGCUACCGUAGGGCAAUAGUGCCAGUGUCCAUUAUUUUAAAAAUCUGUUAGUGCAUUUCCCAGGAGGGUCUGCGUUACGUUAUAAUGCGGUGGUGUGAUGUCGGCCGAUACUCGGCGGCGGCCGUCCAGGCGCGCCGGCCACCAGUCAUAGUAAUCACUUAAUUUAAUCGCGGCGUUCUGGACGCGCCGCGCCAGCGAUCGGUGCCUGUGUCAUAUUGUACAGUUAGGACGAUUAUUAGGAGGUUGUAAGCUCGAAUCAAGUUAGGGUUUUUAUACAUAUGCUUUGAUUGGUUUCGAUUUGUGAAAGUUUAUCAUGUUGAAUUUGUGUCCGCGAUGUUUGUUAGUUGAUGAGCGGGCCCUGCGGCUGCUCGGUACAUGCGGGGGGCAGCGCGGCUCGGCUCGCUCGGUUAGGGCGAUGAUUGCAGCGAUAGUCCACGACGCGGAGAUUACUCGGUGUAUAAACGCAAUGUUUGCCAUAUGUAUUAGUGAGAUUCGGAGUCGGUACGUUCCAAAUCAAAGAAAUUGUCUCAAAUCAAAUGUAACAGCCAAACUGUCGGAUGUAUGCUCGUAUUAGAUACAUUAUAAGUAAACUGUCCCGUAUCACAUUAUUAAAAUAACAAAUUCACAAACUAAUUAUCGCUUAUUUGUUAUAAUAUUAACUCGUUAGUAAUUAUUUCAAUUGACUGGAGUUAAGGUAGGAUGAUUACGUAUUUGUUUAAAUGACCCUCAUUUAACGUUAUUUCAAUUUCCAUUUUUUUACUGCUUGUAUAGCUUAAAUAAGUGAAGGCACACUUUACGUGGUAAUUGUACUGCCUUAUCCUGUAAAUAAUUGUUUUUUUGUAUACAGCUAUUUAUUAAAAGAAUGUUAAAACGAGAAUUGAUGAAUAUCAUUUUUUCAUUGUUUAAUGAUUGGUCAUCAAUAAUAUACUACCGAUAGUAUAUGGUAUGCAAAUAUAUUGUAUUAUUAAAAAGCAUAACGAAAUAAUAUUGAAUUUCAUAUUA